AUGGUGUCUGCCACCACAUUGAACAACUCUACAGCCCAAAUAAUUGAAGAAGCUUCUAGGAAACGAGAAUUACGUCUUCUCAAAAACAAAGAAGCAGCUAAGGAAUGCAGACGUAAAAAAAAAGAAUAUGUGAAGUGUCUUGAAAAUCGAGUUGCUGUGUUAGAGAACCAAAACAAAACUUUGAUUGAAGAAUUAAAAUCGUUGAAAGAAUUAUACUGUCAAAAGGAUGUUCAGAGCUGA